CUGUCAGUCCUAAUUCCUCUAUCCUCCUUUUCAAUAAAUCUAUUACUAUCAUGCCCACCUUUCUCUUCCUUUAUGCUUUGUGUUGCACUUAUAUAGUAAGAGAAAAGUUAGAGAUCAACGUGGUAGGAGGGUUGGCUCACCUCAGUAUUCCUUAACAAGAUAUCAUGAGUUUAAAUUCUUAAAAUUAUAUUUAUUAUGAGAUUUUAACGUUUACUGUAUUCCGGUACAAAUAUGAAUUGAUCCUGUAUUCAAUAUGGUGUCAGGAGAUGUAGGUGAAAAUAAAAGAAAAAAAAACUAGAGGGCAUAAGUCAACUGCUAAGGGAUCAAUAAUACAGGCCUGACAUGUGUUCAAAUGCGUUGCAUCCAUAGUUGAAUUGACUUCAUUAGUGUACUGCAAAUUACUACAUAGAACCUGUACUGCACUCCUUUGUAGAAGUACAUGCAAAUAAGAGACUUUCAGCCUUCAAUUUUUGCUUUAUUGGGUUGUCAACAGACUGUAAUUAUUGCUCCCAUCAAGCUUUUCCUCUCUAUGGGAGUUCUUACAUAAUUAUUUCCAUUUGGGUAGUCCGUAACUGAGAUUCUUCAUGAAGGGAGUUUUUAUCAAAGCUCUGAUCCAUCCCCAUUUAAGCUAAAGAGACUUGAAGGGAGAACUUGAUGAAUAAUCAAACAGGGAAUAUGAAUAUUGAAGGAAUAAAAGAAACUGAGAAGCGUGAGAAGGACUUGGAAGAGUUGAAAAAUGAGGCAGAGGAUGUUAUAGGAAUUGCUCCAUGGUCUAAACAGAUCACAAUUAGGGGGGUUAUAGCUAGCUUAGUCAUUGGCAUCAUUUACAGUGUGAUAGUCAUGAAGCUAAACCUCACCACAGGCCUAGUCCCUAAUCUCAACGUUUCUGCUGCACUGCUGGCUUUUGUUUUCAUUAGAACAUGGACUAAGCUCCUUCAGAAGGCUGGUAUUGUAACCAGUCCGUUUACUCGACAAGAGAAUACUAUAAUUCAGACUUGUGCUGUUGCUUGUUAUAGCAUUGCUGUUGGAGGUGGUUUUGGAUCAUAUCUGCUGGGAUUGAACAAGAAGACAUAUGAGCAAGCUGGGGUUGAUUCACAGGGGAAUACUCCUAAGAGCACAAAAGAACCUGGGGUUGCUUGGAUGACUGGUUUCCUCUUUGUAAGCAGUUUUGUUGGGUUGCUUGCACUGGUUCCUCUUAGAAAGAUCAUGAUAAUAGACUACAAGUUGCAGUAUCCAAGUGGAACUGCUACUGCUGUUCUCAUUAAUGGUUUCCAUACUCCAAAAGGAGACAAGAUUGCUAGGAAGCAGGUUCAUGGGUUCAUGAAGUUCUUUUCAAUAAGCUUCUUUUGGGCUUUCUUUCAGUGGUUCUUCUCUGGUGGAGAGAAAUGCGGAUUCGUUCAGUUUCCAACAUUUGGCUUGCAAGCUUGGAAAAACUCAUUUUACUUCGAUUUUAGUAUGACUUAUGUCGGUGCGGGAAUGAUCUGUUCCCAUAUUGUGAAUUUGUCUUUACUUCUUGGCGCAGUACUUUCUUGGGGAGUCAUGUGGCCACUGAUAGGUGAACUUAAAGGAGAUUGGUUCCCUGCCACUUUACCACAAAGUAGUAUGAAGAGUCUAAAUGGUUACAAGGUUUUUAUUUCUAUUGCCCUGAUCCUAGGAGAUGGACUCUACAAUUUUCUCAAGAUACUCUAUUUCACAGCUACUAACUUCAGUGCCAGAGCAAAGAAGAACAAUAUCAGAACACGUAAGGUUUCAGAUAAGCAGAAUCAAGCUCCUGAUGAUCUUCAGAGAAAUGAAAUUUUCAUUAGAGAGACAAUCCCAAUGUGGGUAGCCUGUUUAGGGUACAUAAUAUUCUCCGUCAUCUCCAUUAUAGUGAUCCCUAUCAUGUUUCCAGAACUAAAGUGGUACUUUGUAGUGGUUGCCUAUAUUCUUGCACCAUCUCUUAGCUUCUGCAAUGCUUAUGGUGCUGGUCUGACUGAUAUGAAUAUGGCGUAUAAUUAUGGAAAGGUGGCCCUCUUCGUACUUGCAGCUUUGGCUGGUAAUAACAAUGGUGUUGUUGCUGGACUUGUGGGGUGUGGCUUGAUUAAAUCCAUUGUUUCCAUCUCCUCAGAUUUGAUGCACGACUUCAAGACUGGUCACCUGACUCUCACUUCUCCCCGUUCCAUGCUGCUCAGUCAAGCCAUUGGAACUGCAAUAGGCUGUGUUGUAGCCCCCCUUACAUUCUUUCUCUUCUACAAGGCUUUCGACGUUGGGAACCCUGAUGGCGAGUAUAAAGCUCCCUAUGCCAUCAUCUAUAGAAAUAUGGCAAUUCUUGGUGUUGAAGGCUUCUCUGCCCUCCCUCAGCAUUGCUUACAGCUUUGUUAUGGGUUUUUUUCCUUCGCUAUUUUGGCCAAUUUAUUGAGAGACCUGUCCCCUAAAAAUAUUGGAAGAUGGAUCCCUCUUCCAAUGGCUAUGGCAGUGCCUUUCCUAGUAGGAGCAUACUUUGCUAUUGAUAUGAGUGUGGGGAGCUUGAUUGUGUUUGUAUGGCACAAGCUAAACAACAGAAAAGCAGGUUUGAUGCUUCCUGCAGUGGCCUCUGGCUUGAUCUGUGGGGAUGGGCUAUGGAUUCUCCCUUCAUCCAUUCUUGCUUUGGCCAAAAUUCAUCCACCAAUCUGUAUGAAUUUCUUGGCAACCAAGUAGAGCUUUCUUCAACAGCAAAACCUAUAGUUAGUUGAUAAAUAAAACUGAUUGCAUGCACAAAGUGAGUUUUGCAAUGAGCAUAUCAAAUAUAUAUAUAUAGGAAGGAAUUAUUAGAAUGCUUUUCAUUUUAAGCAGUAGAUAUAAAUGCAGCAGCAUGCUACCGUAGAUGAACAUCUUGUAUGAGCACGAGUUGGAGGCUAUGUUGCAAUAGUGCAAUGUAUACAAACGUAGUUCAAUGAAAAAGGCAAAAUAUUUAGAUACUUAAA